AUGUCUGCUACACAGAUCAAGACUCCCCCGCCUGCUCAAGCGCAGGCUCAGGCGCAAGCUCCUAAUAAGACUCCAACGCCCAAGGCGGUCCCCCGGAAGCCAGCAGCCGUGCCAGCGGCCAAAAAGUCGGCCGAAUCGUUGACAGGAGACAGCGCCGCCGCAACCGCCAUUGAAGAUACUGUCAAAGCUAUAGAGAAGCUUGAAGCCAAACUGACGGCCAUGUAUGCCUGACACCUCAACAACUUCUGCCUGGUAAUGAUGAUGAUGCUGACGAACCCCCACCAGCAACACCAACAGCGUCGCCCGAGUAGCAAACAGCCACAUCACCAGCGCCGAUGAAGCCUUGACACCCAUGGUCUCCCUGAAGACAAGCAAGCCACUUGACAAGUUUCCCGACACGCCCAAAGACAUCGCCAAGCUCACGUGUAAGGAAGGCACCCAGACAUACCCGAUUCCCCACUUGCUAAUUGAUAUCAGUGGUCCAAAUCAACGACCUGCUCACCCACCUCGACACCGGGAAGACGGGCAGCGAGGUAGCGAGGCGAGAGCGACUACGCACGCAAAUGGGCUUGAAAGCCAGUCCCGCCUGA